ACCCCGGACUCCUGGGUUCUCUCCCCCACCUGCCAGCCUUGCUACCAUCCCAGCGCCAUGGCAGACGACCUGGACUUCGAGACCGGCGAUGCAGGCGCCUCGGCCACUUUCCCCAUGCAGUGCUCUGCGCUGCGCAAGAACGGCUUUGUGGUGCUCAAGGGGCGCCCCUGCAAGAUCGUUGAGAUGUCCACCUCCAAGACGGGCAAACACGGGCACGCCAAGGUGCACCUGGUUGGCAUUGACAUCUUCACCGGCAAGAAAUACGAAGACAUCUGCCCCUCCACCCACAACAUGGACGUGCCCAACAUCAAGAGGAAUGACUUCCAGCUGAUCGGGAUCCAGGAUGGGUACCUGUCACUGCUCCAGGACAGUGGGGAGGUGCGGGAGGACCUGCGCCUGCCCGAGGGUGACCUGGGCAAGGAGAUCGAGCAGAAGUACGACUGCGGCGAGGAAAUCCUGAUCACUGUGCUGUCAGCCAUGACAGAGGAAGCUGCUGUCGCCAUCAAAGCCAUGGCCAAGUAACUGACCGGCAGGGGCAGCAGCAACUUUUACUACGAACCAGAGAGGAUCUCACCCUGCCCACCCCUCCCCCCCAAUCCCAGCUCUUCCGGGGCUGCUUUGCACUUCAAGGAAGCCAGUGGGGGGGACCCAUCACCAUGGAAACCGAAGCCGUUUUGGGAUAAAAACGCCGUUUGGGGAGCUUUAUUAUCCCCUCCUUGUUAAUUUUUUCCAGAUCCUCCAAGCAUAAAGCCUUGGCCCUGCCCCCUUUGCCUGAUUGGUUAAAACCUGCUGCCCCCCCCCCUCCUGUGCUGGUUGGUGACUG